AUGCAGUACGUGCGCGGCCUCAGCGAGUCGGUCUCGACAGCAUGGAACUCGAUCAAUCCAGCCACCCUCAGCGGCGCUAUUGAUGUCAUCGUUGUCGAGCAGGAAGACGGCUCGCUGCUCUGCUCACCGUUCCACGUCCGCUUCGGAAAGUUUUCUCUUCUGCGGCCGUCGGAUAAGAAGGUCGAGUUCAAGGUCAAUGGCGUGAAGCAGAACUAUUCUAUGAAGCUCGGCGAGGGCGGCGAGGCUUUCUUUGUCUUCGAAACCACCGACAACAUUCCCCAGUCGCUACAGACAUCACCCCUCGUCUCCCCUGCGUCUAGCCCCGCGAGCAGUCCACCUCUGGAUCCCGAGCAGGCUUCAGCAGCUGGUUUACAGGAGCCAGAAGCCUUUGAGCUCGAUGCCUCCGAGAGCAAACCUCGUCGACCGUCUCCUGCCGUUCUCUAUAACAAACAGAACGAGCAUGGCAUGAUUACGCCAUCAACCUCUCCUGAACUACGCAACGCUCGUCCAGUAUCCGGCGAUUGGUCUUCGAGCAUACCCCGACCGCACAGCGACGAUAUCCUCCGCCAGAGCGCCCGGAGUCAUGAUCGAGACGGGAAUAGUUCCAUUGAUGGAGACUAUGUUGCUUCUGAGCGGUCCCUUAGUCCACCUCCUCUUGGCCCUAGGGAGGCCCUUGAGCGUGCCAGGGCACUCUCCAGGGAGUUUUCUGCCGCCAACAUUCCCAGCAAAGUCACUGACACGGGCGACCUCAUGCUGGACAUGACCGGGUUCAAGAGCAAUGAGGAGGACAUUCUCCGGGCCGAGAUCCUCGCUCGCAAGAUCCUCUCUGAGGAGCUGGAUGGCAACUAUGACAUUGGCGCGCUCUUUGGCUUUGAUGAGCAGGGAAACCUGUGGAUCUAUAGCAGCGAAAGCGCCAAGCAAGCUGCCAUGAACAAGACGAUCGAGGGGGCUCUGCAGUCCCAUCGUCAGCAUAUGGCAGCCGAUGCUGUUUCGGAUCCCGGAUAUCAGAGCGACAGCAGCGAUGCCACUGCCGCGCCUCUUCCCUCCCAUCGCCGAUCCGAGUCUGAUGCUGGUCCAGCGGAUCUGCAGACACCUCCUCGGACACCGCCUGGCUCUUCGGGCCACGCAGGAGAUCCUAACAGGAACUAUGCCAAGACCUUACGGCUUACUAGUCAGCAGCUCAAGGACUUGAACCUGCAACCCGGAGCAAACGUCAUGGCCUUUACUGUCAAUCGAGCAACAUGCACGGCAAACAUGUAUCUCUGGAAGCACGAGACACCUGUUGUCAUCUCCGACAUUGACGGUACAAUCACCAAGUCGGAUGCUCUGGGACACGUGCUGAACAUGAUCGGCCGUGACUGGACUCAUUCGGGCGUUGCCAAGCUCUAUAGUGAUAUCUCUGCCAACGGCUACAACAUCAUGUAUCUCACAAGUCGAUCAGUCGGCCAGUCUGAUACCACAAGAGCAUAUCUUGCUGGUAUUGUCCAAGACGGUUACAAGAUGCCCCCAGGGCCUACUAUUCUCUCUCCUGAUCGAACAAUGGCAGCACUAAGGCGAGAAAUCUACCUUCGCAAGCCCCAUAUCUUCAAGAUGGCUACUCUCCGAGAUAUUCGCAACCUAUACGGCCCGGACCGUACGCCCUUCUACGCUGGUUACGGAAACCGAUUGACUGACCAGAUCUCGUAUCGAACUGUCGAUGUACCGAGAAACAGGAUUUUCACAAUCAACUCCAACUCAGAGGUUUCUCUCGAUCUUUUGAGUCUUAACAAGCUCAAGAUGAGCUACGUCAACAUCAAUGAAGUCGUCGACCACUAUUUCCCUCCGGUGAGCACACUGGUCAAGGGUGGUGGUGAAGAGUACACAGAUUUCAAGUACUGGCGAGAUGAUCCUCUCGCUAUGGCCGACUUUUCGGCGAGCGAGAGCGACGAGGAUGAUGUUCGUCCAGGACGGCAAGCUCCCGUAUACGUGGAUGAAGAAGAUGAUGAAGACGAAGACGACAUCGAUGACGAAGAGGGAGAGGAAGAUGACGAGGACAUGGAUGAAAUUGGCGAAGGCCUCGCCGAUAGCUAUAUUUCCCGCGCAUCCAUGGACGAGUUUGCAGAGGCAGAGAGUGUUUUGAGUGGCAGUGUCGACGAGGAGCGUCUAAGAGCAUCUAUGGCACAAGACCUCGAAGAAGCCGAUGAUGAAGAAGACGAUGUAUAUGAAGACGGUGAAGAGGGUCACGAAGACAAAGAAGAGGGCGAGGACGCCUCUGGCGAAAAAGCGGCCGUUGAGCAUCAACACAAGCGAAAGACCAGCGUCGUAGAGGACGUCCUCGCCCAGCACAUCACUGGGGGAACUCGGGUAGCAGCAGCUCCUCCCGACACAGUGUAA